AUGCUGUCGAGCACUUUCCUCUUCGCCACCGAUAACAUCAUUGUUGCAGAUGCGCAACCAGCCAUUGUGAAUGACUUCGGCCCCAUCGAACUGCUUCCCUGGAUCUGGACUGGCUUCGCGUUGGAGAACAUGACGAUACUCUCGUGGGGCAAAGCAUAUGGCAUCUUCAACAUGAAAUGGAUAUAUAUUCAACAUUCUGCUCUUCGAAGUGGUAGCGCCAUAUGUGGUGCAGCGCCAACCAUGGACGUGCUCGUCGUCGGUCGUAUCAUUGCCGGCGUUGGAGGGUCCGGCAUGUACUCGGGCACCCUCAGUUAUGUCUCCAUCCUCGCAAACGAAAAGGAGAAACCAGUGUAUGUGGCAGGUAGUACUGACUUGUGGGGAAUUGGCAGUGUGCUUGGGUCGGUGGUUGGCCGUGUGUUUGCUGCCAGCCCUCCUACGUGGCGAUGGGGCUGCUAUAUCAAUCUUGUCGUUGGUGCAGUCUUUGCACCGGUCUAUAUCUUCCUCUUUCCUAGCGUGAUUCCGAAGCCAGCUAGCUCGUGCUGUCUAACAAUGGUCACCUCCUUCGGCGGUCUCGUCUACGAUUGGGAGUCGACAGCAAUGAUCACCAUGUGGGUGGUGGUUAGCGUACUAUUGAUAGCUUCUAUCUUGGCAUUGAGAUAUCAUCCCGGAUUGGCGAAGGAAGACCGACUUUACCCUGUGCACUAUCUCAAAAAUCCCUUGAUGCUCAACAUUCAGCAUCAGGUAUUCUUGUCGUCCGGGAUAAUUCUCAGCGGGACCUACUAUAUUCCCCUAUAUUUUCAGUUUGUUAGAGUACGUCAGGUUACCAUCUUGAAUCAUGAAGGCAGCGUCCUCACAGUAGACAGGGCGAUUGACCAUUGGACGCUGGCGUGCGUCUCCUACCUCUGA